CUCGUAAUUUAUUUUCACAUUUUUAGAAAAAAAAAUCAAAUUAAAUCGAAAUCAAAGUUAAUCUACGUUACAUAAAAAUGGCGAUCGCCGAUUAAGUUUAUCGAAGCUUGAUCGAAAUUAGCCUAAAUUAUCGAUCGCGUCACCUUCUACUGCAAUUGCGUAAUUCGCCUAACGAAACUGUUAUGCGGAAGCGACUUAAAUAUUCACUAUGAGUUAUUUUAUGUAUUAUCUGUGUAUCGUCAGUGACGAUCCCCGAUGACAUUAUCGGGGUAUCAGCACAAUAAUUGAAUGAGCAAAUAAUCUUCUGAAUAAAAAAAAAAAGAAAUCUGUACAAUAGCGUGCUCAGAUAUAACGAGCGAGUGAAUCACGGGUCAGGUUAGACACGAGAGAAGGACAGAAAAACAUCGUUCGAUGGUUCGAUGUCUCGCGUGACCAGCUGACUUUGACAGGUGUACUAUACAAAAUACGUCAGCGGCAACGUAUCGAGCGGUGACGGAAUUCUGUUCUCCUUUAUUGUUGCAUUCAAAAUUCGAAUCGGCUGAUACUCGAUCUUGUAAAAGGCAAUGCAUGUGUAAUAAUUGCGAUCGCAAAAUGGAAGGCGAUGAGGAACGUGCGUACCAUCUGAACGUUCUCGAAUAAUAAAGAGACAACUCACGGAUAGCGCAGCUGGUAAGGACGCCGGUGGAAACGUAACGAGUAUCGCGGACAAAUUUCUGCGUCCUAUAAACGAUCUACAUUAUCUGAAGAAAGCUAAGUUAGCCAUGCAGAAUCAAUGGAAGUUUCUGUCGCAAUUGAAAGAUUACCUGAACAAGGUUAAUGGCGACAAGAAUCAACAGAUCAUCGUCUCCAAGGACUGGCUGGAUAACUUGCAGAAGUUGACCUACUCGCAGUUCGAGACGAUACGGAAAUUGUCGUCGUCGGACUCUGUCAAAGCCACCGACACGAGCAAGAGCUCGACUACGAAGCACGAUGAAGACGGCGGCGACUCGGAGAAUGUAAAGCUAACGUUAGUGUCCGAACAAGCGGAAUCGCUCGCCGAUUCUGACGCGACAACCGUGCAACCAAAAACACAGCAAGUCCGCGAGCAGGCCACGCCCGACAGUAAAGCAGAGCCGAAGGACGGCAUGACUAUGCCGCAGAUUCUCUCCACGUGGCUCCUCAAGUUCUCACCAAAAACUACGCAGAGCGCCGCCAUCAUGCCAAAGUGGAAAGUGAAUAUCCAGAGCAAUAUACCGAAGCACAGCAUCAUCUCUCGCACGCGCCACGUCCUGAACAGCAUCGAAUCGGCCGAGUCGAACGCUUCGAAGUUGCGCAGACUGGACGAUUUAUUGUUGCACGUCGAUCAGUAUCCAGAGGCAAGGCACUACGCCAUCAAAGAGGGAGCGAUUAGAAUUCUACUGCGGACUCGUCAGCAGACGAAAGAUGAACAGAUUAAAGCGUCUAUUAGAGAAGCGCUGGCUGUGAUGGGUUACAUCGAUCCUCUGCCCGGCCGGGGUAUCAGAAUUCUCUCGAUCGACGGCGGCGGCAUUCGCGGGGUAUUGGUUAUAGAGAUGCUGAAGAAAUUGGAGGAACUCACGGGGAAGAAGACGUACGAGAUGUUCGAUUACAUAUGCGGCGUGAGCACAGGAGCUAUUCUCGCUGCUGUGUUAGUAUUGCCAAAGGAUGUCUCGGAAGGAGGACACAAGAGAAAAUCGUUAGACGAAGUUAUGGCACUGUACAAGGAACUGAGUAUCAGAGUGUUCACGCAGAGCGCUAUAAAAGGCACGAGCAGUCUAGUAUGGAGUCACGCGUAUUACGAUACCGCGUUGUGGGAAAAAUUAUUAGCGGAGCACCUGGGCGAUAAAAUUCUCAUCAAAACCACGCGCGAUCCAAAUGCACCGAAGUUCGCAGCAAUAUCCGCCGUGGUAAAUCACGAGCGCGUUAUGGCCUACGUGUUUAGAAAUUACACAUUACCGCACCGAGUGGAGAGCCAGUAUAUGGGGUCCCACAAACAUAAAUUGUGGGAAGCCGUGAGAGCGUCAGCUGCUGCGCCGAGUUACUUCGAGGAAUUUAAAUACGGCGACUAUCUUCAUCAGGACGGCGGUAUUCUGGUGAAUAACCCGUGCGCCGUGGCGAUACACGAAGCCAAACAGCUGUGGCCGAACAAUCCAAUCCAAUGCGUCGUAUCGUUCGGAACAGGUCGAAUCCCACAUCACAUUAGCGAAAGCGAAUCUUUGGAGGUCGCGAUCUCGAGCUGGAAAGAGAAGUUUUAUAAAAUUUUGGAUAGCGCUACCGAUACAGAAGCCGUGCAUACGAUGCUCAACGACCUGCUACCUGAUCACAUUUACUUCAGAUUUAACCCGUAUUUAACGGAAAUGUUAUCGAUGGUGGAAAUCCGACCCGAGAAGAUCAACCAAAUGGAGCAGGACGCGAGGAUGUACGUGCGUCGGAACGAAGAGAAAUUUCAAAAGGCCGCUACGGCUUUAUCGGAGAAACGACCGAUCCAGCAAAAAACUGUGGAUUGGAUUGCCCUGCAAAGGCAAUUGUACGGUUUAUAAGCGACACUUCAAAUAUCGACGUGCAUUCCACAGCGCGGUCUGCGUUUUGCAAAUCACACGGAUAGUACAACUUUUUUACCUCUCACAAUACUGUGGCCACCAAUCUAUAAAGUUUUUCAUACAAGACUUUCUCAGUAAUGCUUUAUUUUAGUACAAUAGUACAAUAGAAAAUAGUAUGAUAUGUUUAAAAAAUAUCUCAUACUUUUUCUCAUUUACAUUACAUAUUUUUUUGUGAAACCUUUUGUUUAAAACAAUUAGUUAUUGUGACAAGAUAAUGACGCGUCUACAGAUGAGAGGUUUACUUUAGAUUAAUGUGGGAUCAUUAUUAGUAUAGCGUUUGGCUGUGAUAUACGUUUCAAUUUGUGAACACGUUUAAGAUUAAUAUAUAAUUCUAUAUACAUAUUUAUUAUAUACAUAGACAAAAUGUAAAAUUGUAAAUUUUUUAAGCCGAUAAGAGCAAAUUGUAUCUUCAUAUCAAAAUAUCAUUGAUUUAUAAAUGUACUACGUAUUAGCUUGUAUUCAAAACACGCUAACAAUGACCUAACGUUAACUAUAAUUUAUGUAUAUUACAGAAUUUCAGAGAUAAAAGCGUGUUCUGAAUACGGA